GAAAAACCGAAUAUUACCUGUCCCAAAGGAAGUAUUCAGGUUCUCGAUUUUAACAAGGCCAAAAUUCAGACAGAAAAUGGCGAGUUUGCUUAACUACCUUGAUAACUUAGUCAAUGGUAUGUCAUCACAUACAUUGAAAAAGUACGAGUGGGCAAGACUUGAAAGUUAUGGUAGAAUAUUUCCAAUAGAAUCAAUACAUUCUACAAUACGACUAGCUAAGAACGGGUUUUAUUAUCUUGGCAUAGAUCAACUUGUGAGGUGCUUCUGUUGUGAACAUACAAUGAAUUUUUCAAACGAAAAUAGCACAGAUAUUAGAGAAGUACAUUUACGUUUGUCACCAAAUUGUACUUUUGCGAGAGGACUUGACAAUGAGAACGUCCCGAUUGAUCAUCAUGAACAAGAGAGCAACCCUAUGCCAGAAAUACCUGAUGCGACAGUAUCUAGUGCUGAAUUUGGCGAAAUGGACAGAAGAGUUUCGACCUUUGUUGGUUGGCCGGCGGGAAGUCCAGUUUCACCGGGACGAUUAGCAGCUGCGGGCUUCUUAUACACAGGCUUUGACGAUCAUGUUCGAUGCUUUUGCUGUGGAAUCGGUGUGAGGGAGUGGCAGGAGAAUGACGAUCCCUGGGUCGAACACGCUAGGUGGUCCAUUACAUGUCCGUUUGUAAAAUAUAGAAAAGGUGAAGACUUCAUACAGAAUAUUCAACGUAUGCUGAAUGCUACAAGUACACAAGAAACCGUUCAGACAGACGAUAAUCCAACAAUUUUACAAUGUCAGGCUGCAAGCUACCUGUUACGACAAGGUUAUUCUGAAGAAAUCGUAAUAACUGGAAUCGCACAAUUUAUAUCAAUGAAUGGGUAUGAACAGAUGAUAAAUUCACCACUGAAUGUAAUCGAGUUCGUACAAAUGGCUCAGCCAAACCUUGUGGACCCAAAUAACCAAACUGAUUUGUCCAGUUUUGCUUUAGUAACUUACGGUCAAAGUGGAGGGAUUCAAAACUCUGACAGUGAAUUGUACCACCUAAGACGACGGGUUCUGGAACUAGAGACCCGAUUACUUUGCAAAGUUUGCUUGCAGCAAGAUGCGUGCAUAUUGUUCCUUCCCUGUGGUCACAUGGCCUCGUGUAUUGAAUGUUCACAUGCGUUGAAUACAUGUGCGAUAUGCAGAGCUGGUAUUCAGGGAAAGAUGAGGGUGUUUCCUGGUUAAACUUGGCUAAAAGAAAUACGUGUGCGCGUGUGCUUUUUAUGCUUCAUUAAAGCGUGCGCGUAACUGCGUGUGCUCUGGGUGCGUGCGUGAUUUUGUUUUG